AUGUCGCUUUGUCAAAACCGUUUGGGGGAGGAAAGAAAACAGUGGCGACGUGAUCAUCCAUUUGGCUUUUACGCUCGUCCGGUUCGCAACGCCCAAGGGGUCUUAGACCUAAAGAAAUGGGAGUGUGGUGUUCCUGGCAAAGACAAGACACUUUGGGAAGGAGGUCUGUUCAAAAUGGAUGUUACUUUCCCAGAUGAGUAUCCUACUAAGCCCCCCAAAUGUAAAUUUGUUCCUCCGCUAUUCCAUCCAAAUGUCUAUCCUUCCGGGACUGUUUGCUUGUCAAUCUUGAACGAAGAGGAGGGAUGGAAACCAGCCAUCACCAUCAAGCAAAUCCUCCUCGGCGUUCAGGAGUUGCUGAAUGAGCCAAACCCGGAGUCGCCCGCGCAGGCCGAUGCGUACAACCUAUUCAAAAAGGACCGUGCAGGGUAUGAGAAGAGGGUGAGAAGCAUUGUCAAGGACAAUCCAGCUCCUGCUCGACACCGAGGUCCAGAUUGGAGUGGAAACUUUGUUGCAGUCAAUACAGGUCCUAUCGCUCCUUUGUAUGCAGAGCAUGGAAUUGAUGCUCCAAAGUAUCUCGACGGCAUGUUUUCAUGGGUUCUGUACGAUAAACUCAAUGACCGCACAGUGGCAGCUCGAGAUCCUGUAGGCAUUACAAGUUUCUAUCAGGGGUGGUCAAGUCAGACGCCCGGAGCAGUCUACUUUGCAUCCGAGCUGAAGUGUCUCCAUCCGGUAUGCGAUAAGAUUAUUACAUUUCCUCCAGGACACAUUUAUGACUCGAAGUCUGAUGAGAUGACCCGGUACUUUCAACCUCCAUGGUGGGAUCCAACAAAGGUUCCUUCGGCGCCCGUAGAUUAUAAACGCAUUAGAACGUCUCUGGAGCGAUCUGUUCGAAAGCGGCUCAUGGCUGAAGUUCCGUACGGCGUACUCUUGUCGGGCGGUCUUGAUUCAAGUUUGGUAGCUGCAAUUGCCCAGAGAGAAACGUUGAGGCUACGGGCCUCUUCAAUGAGAAGAGACAAUGGCGUCAAUAAUUAUGAACAACAGUCAGCCGAGGAUCUCGUAGGUAUCGAUGAUGAUAACGAGUUAUCUACCGUUACCUGGUUGCCUCAAUUGCAUUCUUUCUCCAUUGGUCUACCAGGUGCGCCAGAUACGCAGGCUGCAGUGCAAGUAGCAAAGUAUCUUGGGACGAAGCACCACGAUUUCACAUUCACCAUUGAAGAUGGGCUCAACGCCCUCCAAGAUGUCAUUUUCCAUCUUGAAACUUACGACGUGACUACUAUCCGCGCAUCAACCCCAAUGUUUCUACUCAGUCGCAAGAUCAAGGCUAUGGGUGUGAAGAUGGUGCUAAGUGGAGAAGGAAGCGACGAGAUAUUCGGGGGUUAUCUCUAUUUUCACGCCGCUCCAAGCAAAGAAGCAUUCCACGCAGAGACAAUCCGCAGAAUCCAGAAUCUACAUCUCGCUGACUGCCUAAGAGCAAACAAAUCGACAGCCGCAUGGGGCGUGGAGGCUAGGGUGCCAUUCCUAGACAAAGAGUUUCUCGAAGCUGCGAUGAGCGUCGACCCUUCAGAUAAACUAAUCACGAAGGACCGCAUGGAGAAAUACAUUCUUCGCAAAGCGUUUGACACUACAGAUGAGCCAGGUACGAAAGCGUAUCUUCCAGACAACAUACUGUGGAGACAGAAGGAGCAGUUUAGUGAUGGCGUUGGCUAUGGCUGGAUCGAUGCUUUAAAAGACAAUGCAGAAGUCCAUGUUUCGGACGAAAUGAUGAAAAGCCCCAGACCUGAAUGGGGGUCCGAUGUUCCCGAUAGUAAAGAGGCUUACUGGUAUAGGUUGAUGUUCGACGAACAUUUCCCUGCUCACUGUGCCUCAACAGUCAUGAGAUGGAAACCAACGUGGUCGGAGCAGAGUGAUCCUAGCGGACGAGUGAUUCCAACUCACCUUGCUAAAUAUGAUGAAUUAAAGGAGCUUAAGAACGAGCUCAAGUAG